AUGAACCCAGCUGAUUUGCCAAGUAGAGGAUGCUGCACAACAACUUCUGCGAUUGCAAUGGAAUUAGAAGAAACUGAGAAAACUACUGUAUACUUAAUACAGCAGGAGUCAUUUACAGGAGUUUCAGAUAAACGCCUUAAAACUCUAGAUGUAUUUAUUGAUGAGAAAGGAAUCUAUAGAUUAAAAACAACUGUAUAUAAAAGAGAUGAUUUUGAAGAGUUUAGAACACCUGCUAUUUUACAUGGAGAGAAUUCUAUAGUAAAACGUUUAGUACUGUUUGAACAUAAGAAAAAUGGACAUGCUGGUGUUUCCUACACAUUGAAUUCUCUUAGAGAAAGAUUUUGGCUGCUGUGUGGUAGAAGAACAGUAAAAUCCGUAUUGAGAUCUUGCGUAGUCUGCAAGCAUUUUUCUGCCAAAUCGGUAGAUCCACCAACUGCAUCACCACCAGCUGAUAAAAUUCAAGAUGCAGCUGUUUUCCAAGUAACGGGAGUGGACUUUGCUGGUCCUGUGAUUUUGAAAGACAAUUCAAAGGCCUGGAUAUGCAUUUUUACCUGUGCCGUUUAUAGAGCUGCGCAUCUUGAAUUAGUCACAUCACUAUCAACUGAGGCAUUUUUACUAUGUUUCCAUCGAUUUGUUUGUAGAAGAGGAAAACCUUCGAUUGUAUACAGCGAUAACGGAACGAAUUUUACAGGGAGUGCAAAGGCAUUAUCUUGCAUUGAUUUUAAACAGGUUUUUGUUAAGGCGAGGGAUCAGCAGAUUACCUGGAAAUUCAUACCUCCUAGUGCUCCCUGGUGGGGAGGCUUCUGGGAAAGGCUUGUUAGAAUGAUGAAAGGUCUGCUGAAGAAACCUUAG